CUGCUAUCUGUCAACAAGUACCUCGAAUCUGAAAAAUACACUGAAGGCCUCCAAGCUGAUACAAGAUCGAUCUAAUUCAUCACGACUGACCCUUCUUUCGACGCUGACACAACAGAGCCAUCACAACAACUCCUCCAGCACGCGCAGCACCUGGAAACGAACUGAAUACCCCCACAACCGCGAUCAACAUGGCAAACAAGCUCUUUGUCAUGCUCGAGAACAAUCCUGAGGUUAUGAAUCACCUUGCCGAAGCCCUUGGCAUGGAUGGCAGUCUCUCAUUCUACGACAUAUACUCGCUCACAGACCCAGACCUGCUUGCCUUCAUACCACGACCAGUCUACGCAUUGCUCGUUAUCAUCCCACUCACACCGACCUGGCAUGACGCUCGAACAAUGGAGGACAAGGACAAGGGAGAUUACGAAGGCAAGGGUGAGGACGAACCGGUGAUCUGGUUCAAGCAAACGAUUGGCAACGCUUGUGGCUCGAUUGGCCUUGUGCACAGCUUGCUGAAUAGCGAAGCAUCGAAACACAUCAAGUCUGGUUCUACGCUCGAUCAGAUUCGCGAGGAAGCUCUGCCAAAGUCGAUGUUGGAACGAGCGAAAGUACUGGAGGACUCAGAAGCGUUCGAAAAGGCUCAUGCAGAAGCGGCGCAGCUUGGCGAUACGGCAGCUCCUACACCAACUUCAAAUGAGCAUGCUGGGCAGCACUUUGUUACCUUCGUCAAGAGCAAAGACGGGCAUUUGUGGGAACUCGAGGGCGACCGAAAGGGUCCCCUGGACCGCGGCGCAUUGGAGAACGACGAGGAUGUGCUUAGCCCUGCAGCGCUCGAGAAGGGCUUGGGAAGGCUGAUGAGGAUCGAGGCUGAGAAGGGCGGGGAUCUGAGAUUCUCCUGCAUUGCACUGGCCCCAAAUUACAACUGACUCUCACCACCACUAUUCCUGAGUUGAACACAUCUUCCAGGCAUCUCAGCAAUGCAUCUCCUGAUCUGUUUCAUAGUAACCUCAUCCCAAGCCCAGAGUAGGAGUCUUUUUAGCAUCUUCUUUGUACCAUCCCAUAGUCUCUAGCCUCUGCCAGGGAA